GAAACGAGUGGCAGGCGAACCUCCUGAGGCGUGUCCACUGUCCACCGGUAUCCCGACGACUAGGGCGAGAAAUCAAACCACUCAACUCAGGCUCGAGAUGUCGAGUCAGGAGCUCCAGACGGCAUGUGUUUCAGGAUCAACAAUGGGCAGAGAAGGAAAAUUUGAGGCAGGUUCAAAAUGUUGCAGACAGGAACAUGGAAAGGCUGGAAAGCUCGAACUGGAGAAAUUAUUUGGAUCGAGAAGAAACAAAACAGCAAUUGGAAGCCAAAGGGGCAAGGCCCAGGCGAUGGAUCCAAAGCUUCACGCUGACAGGCCAGACCGUUGACCCUGGCCAAGAAAGGCCCCUUGGCGUUGGACAGGACCCCAAUGGCCGCACCCCCAUUGGCUACAUCUGUGCCGCGUCCGCACGGGCGAGGACUAGCGUGGGCCGAUCGCUGUCUCGUGCAACCGUCCGAAGCUUGUCAGGGAUUCGUUGCCAACGAGAUGCUCCACCUCCCUGGUCUUGGCGGGCGCAGGGAUUGACAUCCUUGGCCACUGAGGGAGAGGCGUUUCAAGGCGGUCCACCCUGCGUGACGCAACACACCAAUAAAACAGGGCUCACUAAAAAUAUCAAGAUUCAAGACAGAUGCAUAACGCUUAUUAUUAUACUCCGGGCAAUGAGGCUUUGAGGACGCGCCUGCAUACUUUGAUGACGACAACUCGAACCUAUCUGGCUUGGAUUCCUUCCUCCUCUCUCGUGGACGGUGUAUACUCCAAGUCUCCAACACGGCCGGGCGUACUCCGGUCCGCAUCAUAGUAUCUUUUCCCAGUCUGGUGUUACAGU